CCCAUCGGCCUCAAUUUACGAAUUCCCGAAAUGUAUCAAGACAACCUGGCCUCGACUGCUGCUUAACAAAGAAACCCGUAACACGAUAGAAUCUGUGACAGGCUUCAAUUCCCCUUUUAAUUGCAUUCUAUUAUCUAAAGUUACAUUCUUCUAUCGCGCAAUGACCUGCAGGUAACCGGUCACAAUCCGCGAAUAGAAGAGACCAUCGUGAACACUCUAUCCACCCGCCCAACUAUCUAUCUAUCCACUCGUUCGCCAACAUGGCUACCCCAAAGUUCAAUUCCAAAUCCCCUACCAUCCGACGCAUAUUAAAAGAAGCCGCCGAACUCUCCAACUCCCCGUCACCAGAUUACACCGCAUCGCCCCUAGAAUCCGACCUUUUCGAAUGGCACUUCACCCUCCGCGGGCCCCCGAACUCCUCCUACGCCGACGGUCUCUACCACGGACGCAUCGUUCUCCCACCCAGCUACCCCCUCAGCCCGCCAUCCUUCCGCUUCGUAACACCAAGCGGACGCUUCGAAGCGAACCGCGAGAUAUGUCUCAGCAUCUCCGGACACCACGCCGAGACCUGGCAACCAGCAUGGGGCGUGCGCACCGCAAUCGUCGCCUUACGUUCAUUCAUGGAGACCGAUGCGCGCGGACAAUUGGGCGGGUUAGAUACAAGUGAUGCCGUACGCAAGCGAUUAGCUAUCGAAAGCAAGGAGUGGAAGUGUGCGACAUGCGGCCGCACAAACGCGGAAAUAAUCGCGGAGAGUGAGGAACGGUGUAAAGAACUAGAUGCUGAGAACGAUGGGAAGAGGAAACAGGAAGAGGUACAGAUACCCGCGGAGCUGAGGAUGGGGUUUAGGGAUGAGAUGGAGAAGGCGAAGGCUGAGAGCGAGGCAGCAAAAGAGGAUGCUGAGAGUGCGGAGUUGGCGGAGGGGUUUGUGCAAACCGCGCCUGAGAGGGAGAUACAACCGCCGACAGCAGGUACGUCGGCGGCACCGCCUCCUGCUAGACCAGUCCAAGGUGUUCCAGCGCCGACGGGGAGGACACCAUUGCCAGAUCCGGUAGGGCAGACUACGACUCCUACUCCGACCACAAGACGCGUAGACCCGAACGCGGGAGUGCCGCCGUGGAUUGAUUAUGCCAUCGCAUCGUUAAUGAUUCUAUUGGUUGCGAUGCUUAUCAAGAUUCUAAUUGGUCGAUAAAUGUAAGAUUGAUUCACUGAGAGCAGGUUGCAUUGGCGGUUGGCGUUCGUAAUAAGGUCAUGGCGUUGCAGUAUUUUUACAUGUUGCUAUUGGGUAUCGAUACCAAGAAUUGAAUUGUAAACUGAUUUUACAAAAUGCUUAAAGUUAUAUCUGACUUGUCCAAUUGUGUUACUUGAAUUGUGGCCAUUAUACGUACUCAAUCUUAUUUUUAUCUCGUC